AACAUGACAUACUGUGUAUUAAACCAAUGUGAAUCUCCAGCAUUCGCAUGAGGCUUCCGCCCCCUCUGCUAUCUCAAGUUUUUUUGUUGAUUGAUUGAAACAGAUGAUAACGCUGCCAUAGCUUGCUUUACCGAACUUGGUACGACACCGGUUUAGGCAUGCCUCUGGCUCGCAGCCUGUCCAUCACCUCCCUGUCGGGGUUGGAGGAGUGGGAUGAGGAGUUUGACCUGGAGGACGCUGUCCUCUUCGAGAUCGCGUGGGAGGUGGCCAACAAAGUUGGUGGGAUUUACACAGUGAUCCAGACCAAAGCCCGUCUGACGGCAGAGGAAUGGGGAGAAAACUAUUUCCUGGUUGGUCCGUACGUGGAGAGUAACGUCCGUACCCAGGUGGAGCUGAUUGAGCCCACCAACCCUGCCCUUAAGAGAGCCAUAGACAAGAUGAAUUCCAGUGGAUGUAAGGUGUACUUUGGUCGUUGGCUGAUUGAGGGCAGUCCAUACGUGGUGCUGAUAGAUGUGGCGUUUACUGCGUGGAACCUGGAUAAGUGGAAAAAAGAGUUGUGGGACAACUUCUCUAUCGGGGUGCCCUGGUUCGACCGCGAGGCCAACGACGCCGUCCUCUUUGGCUUCUUGACCGCCUGGUUACUAGGAGAGUAUGCAGCGCAGUGUGAGGAGCCUCCCCAUAUCCUGGCCCAUUUCCAUGAGUGGCUGGCAGGCCUGGGCUUGGCGCUGUGUAGACAAAGACAGUUGCCCGUGGCAACCAUCUUCACCACCCACGCCACCCUGCUGGGACGCUACCUGUGUGCCGGCAGCGUGGACUUCUACAACAACCUCGCCGAUUUCAACGUGGAUAAGGAGGCGGGGGAUAGACAGAUCUACCAUCGGUAUUGUCUGGAGCGGACAGCGGCACGCUGCGCUCAUGUCUUCACCACCGUCUCUCAGAUCACAGCCGUUGAGGCAGAGCACCUGCUCAAGAGGAAACCAGACAUAAUCACCCCUAACGGGCUGAACGUGAAGAAGUUCUCUGCCAUGCAUGAGUUCCAGAACCUGCACGCCCAGAGCAAGAACCGUAUCCAGGAGUUCAUCAGAGGUCACUUCUAUGGGCACCUGGACUUCAACCUGGACAAGUGUCUGUUCCUGUUCAUCGCUGGGAGGUAUGAGUUCAGCAACAAAGGAGCUGAUAUCUUCUUGGAGGCUUUGGCCAGACUCAACUAUCUACUGAGAGUCAACCACAGCGACGUGACUGUCGUUGCGUUCUUCAUCAUGCCUGCGCGGACCAACAACUUCAACGUGGAGACGCUGAAAGGCCAAGCAGUCAGGAAGCAGCUCUGGGAUACCGCUCAAACAGUGAAGGAACGCUUCGGAAAGAAACUAUAUGAAUCACUGCUGGUUGGGCAGUUGCCGGACGUGUCCAAGAUGCUGAGUAAGGACGACUUCACCAUGAUGAAGCGUGCCAUCUUUGCCACCCAGAGGCAGUGCCAGCCUCCCAUCUGUACCCACAACAUGCUGGAGGACAGCAACGACCCCAUCCUCACUUGCAUUCGCCGCAUCGGCCUGUUCAACAGCUCUGCCGACCGCGUCAAGGUGAUCUUCCACCCAGAGUUCCUGUCCUCCACCUCUCCCCUCCUGCCGAUGGAUUAUGAAGAGUUUGUAAGAGGCUGCCAUCUUGGAGUGUUCCCCUCUUACUAUGAACCGUGGGGAUAUACACCAGCUGAGUGUACAGUCAUGGGGAUCCCCUCAAUCUCUACCAACCUCUCUGGGUUUGGCUGCUUCAUGGAGGAACACAUAGCUGAUCCCUCAGCAUACGGAAUCUACAUCCUUGAUCGACGGUACAGAGGGGUUGAUGAGUCAUGUAACCAGCUCACGUCGUACCUGUUCCAGUUCUGUCAGCAGAGCCGGCGCGCCAGGAUCAUCCAGCGGAACCGCACCGAGCGCCUGAGUGACCUUCUGGACUGGAGAUACCUGGGCAGGUAUUACAUAUCAGCUCGUCACAUGGCCCUGGCUAAAGCCUUCCCAGAUACCUACUUCUACCAACCUCAUGACUCUGACACUGCCCAAGGUUUCCGUUACCCUAGACCGGCCUCUGUGCCCCCAUCUCCGUCUCUGUCGCGCCACUCCUCCCCCCGCCAGAGCGAGGCGGAAGAAGAUGAUGACCGCUAUGAUGAAGAUGCAGAGGCAGAGAAAGACCGAUUGAACAUCCGCCAGCCCUUGACCCUGCCCAGUAAAAAGGGUCCCGCCUUGCCUUACACCCUGCCAGGUGCCAAUGGAGAGAAGAACGGAGCCACCGGCGUGAAAAACUGACUGUCUCACACACACAACAUACACAAACGGACAUAUGCUGAUACUCACUACACACACGUUACAAACACGGCACUCUUAUCUUGACCGUCUCCACUUCCAUAAUAUAGAUCUGACAACUGCUGAAGAGAUGAGCUCUUUACAGUGUGUUAUUCAUCCAGCAGCCGGAACGUCUUCCAAACCUACAUGCAGCUCCGCCUCUGUGGGUAUCCUGUACUGACAUGGAGGAGGAGAGGGAAAGGAUGGCUAGCCGGGUGAUGUUUCCUUGAGUUAAAGAGCCCAGCUUUGAGAUAACAAAGGGGGAUAACUUGGAGUAUAUAGGAGGGUUACCUCUGGUCAGUAAUCUAGGUUACCUCUGGUCAGUAAUCUAGGUUACCUCUGGUCAGUAAUCUAGGUUACCUCUGGUCAGUAAUCUAGGUUACCUCUGGUCCACAGGAGGCUGCUGAGGGAGGAACAGCUGGAAUAAUGGCUGAAACCAUGUGUUUGAUACCAUUCCAGGUAUUCUGCUCCAGCCAUUACCACGAGCCCGUCCUCCCCAAUUAAGGUGCCACCAACCUCCUGUGCUCUGGUCCUUAAUCUAGGAAUUUAUGAAAUCCUUGCCAGUGUUGACUAACAUGAGUUGUAACUGAGGCUAAGAUAACCAUAUAACCAGUGGUAUCAUCAGGAUAAAAAAAAACUAGGGCUAAUUAGUCUUGCUA